AUGACUAUAGAGGCCGAAAAAAUUCUUAAAGAUGAGAAGAAUCUUACUGAUUCUUUCUCUAGGAAGAUAAUUAGAGAUAAAUGUGGUAACUAUCCUCCUUUGAAAAGAUCAUUGGAUGGGAGUAUAGUAUAUCCAGAGGUUAAUGGUGUGACUACUAAUAGAGGUAAUAAACUCUUACAAAAAAGUGAACUUAUAACAAAAAGAAGUUUAAAUAAUUCAAAACCAAUCGAUGAAGAAUGUGUGUUUUAUAAUGGUUCGGAACAUAAUUUACUUCAAAGGAAACGUAUGAAGUUUAAUCCCAAGUUCGUUGAAGAUAAAAAUGAAAACCCAUAUAUAAAUGUUGAUGAUGAUGAUGACUUGAAUGAUAUUGUUGAUGUGAGAAAAAUGUUGAUACCUAUUUCAUCUCUGAGUGAUAUUUAUCAACAAAGUCCGCUUUUGAGAAUAUUCAAGAGCAAGAUCUUAAACGAAUUGGCUCUGCAGUCUAUAUUAUUGAUUGAGAAAGAACAGGAUUCUGUGAUAAAGUAUUCGAAAUUGUUGGAAGUAUUCUUGGGUGAUAUCCAUGGCCCACUAUAUGAAAAGAAUUUAAAACUACCAGAAUAUGAUCAUAAUUUAGAAUUGCCAGAUGAAGAUGAAUGCUCUAAUAUAGAAAAUAACAUUCCUGGAAAUUCAAAACAAAGUUCAGAGAAGAAGGAAGAAGACUCGAAAGAAGUCGACCAAUUUUUUGCCCUUCCUAGUAUAAAUAGUGCUGAAGAAUUACUAUCACAAAUACCUAACUAUGACUCGCCUCAAAUAGCAGAGGAACUAGAAACAGCAAGACAAUUAACCCAGAUAGCAUUACAGAGAAAUCAAGAAUUUAUAAGGAAUUUACAAAAAAUUAGAGGCUUUCUCGUGAAAGCUAAUAGAAUCAAGGAAAGGAUAUAUGCAUGGAGUAAGGAAUAUUCAGGUAUCCAAGAAGAAGGCGUCACUGUCCCAAAUGCAUUAAGAGUGGUUAAAAGAGGUUUGAUUAGCGCAACAACUAAUAGAUCGAUGGAAGAUGAGAAUCCAUUAAACGAAGACGCUGAAGAAGAAGAGGAGGCCACUUGA